UCUCCCUUUUCCAACUCAAUUCGGGUUCCGACGUUUGGCGUUGCCUGUCAAUGCCUGAUCACGCGACGCCUUCGCGCGUCAAAAGACGGCGCAUUUUCGCCACGGAAACAGGCACAGUAGCGCCUAGCAACAUGGCCGCCCGCCUGGCGCGCUGGGAGGAGUCGCGGCGGCGCAACGCCCUCAAGCAGCAGCGGCAGCCCCAGCUUGCCACGCCGGACGCCGGCCGCCACGACCUCUUCGCGCAGCCGCACAAGCAGUCGUCGCCCAUCAAAGACCCCUUCGCCCGGCCGCCGCUGCAAUUGGAGCCCACCGACGAGCAAUUGGGGCAGCCCCGCCUCCGGCGCCCCGAGAUCAAGGUCUCGGCGCCGCCCGGCGGCGAGACGUCCUGGGCCAUCGCCGACGCCGGCGCGCCGGAGCCGCGCUACCAGCGGCCAGCUCACGCCCGCGCGUCGAUGGAAGACAUGAACUCGAAGGAGCGGUACCGCCGUGACAUCGAGGCGCAGAUCCGGGCGAACGAGGAACGCAAGGCGAACGAGCGCCAUUCUAGGCGUCGCGCGGAUGCGGAGGACGACGCCCGCGUCGCACGGGAGAGCGCCGCGCUGCGGCGCGAAGUCGAGGACGAGAUCAUGCAGCAGCGGCGCCGUGAGCAGGUCGUGCAGGACCGCGCGGACCACCUCGAGGCGUACCUCGGGCAGCCGCGGCGCCCGGACACCAACGCGCGCGAGGCCUACGCGAACCGGUCCCUCGCGCGGGCGCCGACCUCGGGCGUCGCGUCGUACGGCGGGGCGAACGGCAACGGCGGCCAGAACGUGGGCAACUGCAUUUCCGACCGGCCGUCGUGCCGCGUGCUCGCGCCGCCCGGGGGACGGUCGUCGAUCACCUUCGGGUGAACUACGUAGCUCCGGCUCCUAACUUAUUUCUCGACCGACUCGCCUUGUAUCUUUCCUGGCCUCACCGCAC